AUGUAUGGGCAAACAAAAAGUUAUGCGGGUGAAAUGGGUCUUGAAAUGGUGUUGGCCAUCUUCGGUAACGCUUUUCUGGUGCUGAUUAUCGUUCGUGGUAAUGCUGUUAGCAGACGAAAACUGUCGCCUGUUCAGUUCCUUCUGCUACAUACAUGCGUUGCUGAUUUGCUAUUUGCAUUUUUGGCAAUGGGUACUGGAAUUGUGGAACUUGAAAUUUUGUACAAAUACGAUACUGCUGAAUGGCUGUGUCCAGUAAUGAAGUUUCUGCAGGUAUUUCCGCUGUAUGCCAGUCCAUUCCUACUGGUCGCAAUUAGCGCUGAUCGUUUUCAAGCAAUAUGUCGUCCGUUAGCACAUUAUCGUGCAAAUGGAUAUCAAAUGCCGAAUUUAUUAGCAACCAUUGCUUGGAGCUUAGCUUUCAUAUGUUCUAUUCCUCAAUAUUAUAUCUGGGAAAAGGGGUUAGUCCACUUUUUCACUACUAUAUUAGUGACAAAGGUCAGAAAUAUUACAUGCUGCCAAACAGUGUUCUCACAUCGAUCAUACGGCGCCACACCGUUGAAGGUUAAAAAGUUCUGGUAUAUUGUCAGCUUUAACGCAGUUGCUUGGCUGUUACCAUCACUGAUCACUUCGUUUCUUUACUACCGAGUUUGUCGUGCUGUUUGGUCAUCACGUGUCACCGAUCCGUUACCAGAAACAGCUGAAAAAAAGAACUCUACCACAAACUUAAAGUACCUUCAAACACAGUGUUAUGUAGAUGGACUACGUAAAAGUACGUUACGCCGUCAGAUAUCAGAAUUUGACAAAAAACGCAUGCAAACUGUGCGGCUAACCUUAACAAUCGUAGUUUGCAAUUUUUUGCUAUAUGCUCCAUAUUGUAUUGGCAACGUUAUUAAUGCGCUUAAUGAAGGCCUGAUAAGUAGAACACUGUUAACUUACUGCAUGAUACUUGGUAACCUUAAUUCAUGCGUAAAUCCGUGGAUUUAUAUAUUUUUCAACAAAGGUCAAGUAAAACGAGCACUAUGUGUGUCAGCAGAGUUGCAGAGUAGAAGUAACAACGUUUGUUUGAAUUCUACCGUGCUUGCUUUCAAUACAUAUUUUUUUUAUUGA